AUGGCUAGAUCAUUUGCCUUGUUUGCCCUUGUCUCCACCGCCCCUGUUGUCUCAAGCCGGUGUUUCCCUGGCGACGCCUGUUGGCCCACCGCAGAUACAUGGAGCGCCUUCAACGUUUCCCUCGGCGGCAAGCUCAUCGCAAACAUGCCCAUUGCCGCCGUUUGCCACAACAGCACCUUCACCCCCCACGACGCGGCCGCGUGCACCCUGCCAACGAACAACUCCUGUAACCCAUUUCUUGACGCCAGUGCUCCAUGCACCAUGGGCAACUACCCCGUCUACUCGGUGAACGCCACCGGCGCCGAGGACUAUCAAAAGACGCUCGCGUUCGCCCAGGAGCACAACAUUCGCUUCGUAAUCCGCAACACGGCGGCGGACUACAACGGCAAAUCGAGCGGAGCCGGCAGCUUGGCGCUGUGGACGCAUCACCUGAAGGCCAAGGAGAUGCUUGACGCGUACGAAUUCGCGCUCGCCCACGACCACGUCGUUGUCGGUGCCAACGUGCCCGAUAUCGGCCUGGUGGGAGGUUACACGCAGGGGGCGGGUACCGGGCCCUUGGGCUCCCGAUUCGGGCUGGGCGCCGAUCAAGUACUCGAAUGGGAGGCGGUGCUCGCGUCCGGCGAUUUUGUCGUGGCGUCGCCGAGCUCGGCGGAGCACGCCGACCUGUACUGGGCGCUUUGUGGAGGAGGAGGUGGCACAUACGCGGCCGUCCUCUCAGCCACGGUGAAAGCCCAUCCACCACUCGGCCUGUCAACCGCCAACCUGACAUUCGCCCUGCCAGUCGCGGUCGAGUCACCAGACGCAUUCUGGGAAGCUGUUCGGGCGUUCCUCCAGUACAGCCCGGCCAUCGGCGACGCCGGAGCCGAGGCGGUCUGGUAUGCGCAGGGGACUGCGUUCAACCUGGCUACCGUGUUCGCUCCAGGUUUCGACAAGAAGACCCUGGAUGCCCUCAUGCGGCCCUUUUUGAAGACCCUAGACGGACUUGGGCUGCCUUACGCAUAUGCCUCGGAGCAACACCCGGGCUUCCUCGAGGGAUUCCUCGCCCAGCUAGCAACCAACGUCUCAAAUCUCAACAUUGGCGGGCGACUCAUCCCGCGGUCCCUCGUGGAAAGCGACGGCGCGGCCCCCCUCGCAGCCGCCAUCCGCAACAUAACCAGCAGCGGAGCGAUCUUUUCGGGUGUUACCUUCAACGUCUCGUCGCAUGCCCCGGAAUCCGGCGUCGGAGCCAACCCGUACUGGCGUGAGGCGGUCUUCAGUGCCGUCUUCGGGACCUUCUUUGAUUGGACCGACUGGGAAGCCAAUCGACGAAGCGCAGACACUAUCACGGACGACCUCGUCCCCCAGCUAGAGCUGUUGACGCCGGGCGGGGCGGCCUACCUCAAUGAGUACGACUUUCAGCAGCCCGACUGGGAAACAACGUUGUACGGGGCCAACUGGGGAAAGCUGAGCGAGGUCAAAAUGAAGUAUGAUCCGAGGGGCGUCUUCUAUGCCUUGGGCGCGGUUGAGAGCGAACGGUGGGUUGAGCAGCAUGAUGGAAGGCUCUGUGGGAAAGCCUGA